GCGAUGUUGAAGAAAUAAUGAUGUCAUUCAUAACUGCCUACCCUGUCAAUAACCCUUCCUUCGCCAACGUCACAGUGAUACAUGGAUGGCUUCAACGACGACUUCUAGGCGAGUAUAUAGGACAAGAGCUCACUUGAUACAGAGAAUCUCCUUCAUAACCAAAAACUGUCUUCCACAUUCCGAAAUUGCAUACUCGUUACCAAUACUCUAUCCUCUUGAAUUGACAAUCAACCAACAUCACCAUGCAAUCUAUCCUCCAAAAAACAACAGGCAUUGGCCCUCAAGUCGUCAAACCCGAACAUCUCGAAGGUCGCGUCGCAAUUGUAACAGGCGGCGCCCUCGGAAUCGGCUAUGAAGUGUCCCGCGCCCUCGCCCACGCAGGCUGCAAGGUCAUAAUGAUCAACCGAAAAGAAGAACAGGGCCAGGAUGCUAUCUCAACCAUUCAAAACGAAAAGUCUGACGCUGAGGUUGACUGGAAAGAAUGCGACAUGGGAAACCUCGCUCAAAUCCGUGAAGUCUUUGGCGGUCUGCGAGAAUCUCUUGACAGACUUGACUUUUUAGUUCUUUCAGCAGGUAUCAACACGAAUCAGUUUGGCUUGGAUUCUGAUGGGAUUGAGCGACAUUUCGGUGUAAACUUUCUCGGCCACUUUUAUGUGUGCAAUCAACUUUGGCCGCUGCUGAGAAAGACGGGUAAAAUGGAGAAUACGCCGCCCCCGAGAGUUGUGUUUGAGGCUAGUGAGAUGCAUCGUCUCGCGCAGCUUUCGAACAUCCAGUUCAGAAGCAAGGAUGAGAUCAACGAUCCGAAUCUUGACUCCACGGCUCGAUACAACAGAACCAAGCUUGCGAUGAUCUUAUUUGCAAAGUAUGGAUUAGCUGGAAAGGUUAUUCAGGAGAACAAGGAUAGGAUCUAUGCCCUUUCUGUCCAUCCUGGAGCGGUUAAUACCGCGAUGCAGCAGCAGUGGAAAGACGCCUACCCCGGCCUGACAGGAAAACUUCUAUCCUGGGCUAUGCUAGCCAUCGGACGUGACGUUGAGCAGGGAUCCUACAGUGCACUCUGGGCAUUGACUUCACCCAAGAUCGAGGAGGAGGAUUUGAAUGGGUACUACUUCUCUGACCCUGACCAGGAGGGCAAGGAAACGAGUCAGGCUUCAAAUCCUGAGUUGGCGUCCAACUUGUGGGAUUUGAGCACGACUCUAAUUGAGGGGGUGUUGGGCAGUGAUGCUUUGAUUGAUUGGAAUAUUUCUGAGGUUACUGAUAAGGAUCUCAAGUAAGAUGAUAGCUUUCAAGGUGCUGUAGAUGAUAAACGACCUUUGUUUAUUGGUUGAAGUGUUGGAACCUGUGACUUGGAAAUUGAAAAGAACAAGCAGAAUGAAACUUGUAAGACGAGUGGAUUGGAAUUAUAAGAUAAGAAGUUUAGGUAAUAAGGGUGUAUUAAUUAUGAUAUAUUAUUAU